AGUCUAGUAAUUCAAAAAUAGAAUGUCUACAAACAGAUGUUUGGAAAUAUUUUAAAAGAGGUCAAUCUAGAGGUAAUGGUCAUUGGGAAGGAACAUGUAAAUUUUGUGAAAAAUUUUAUCCAUAUGCUAAACUACAAACUUUGCAUACACAUCUUGCAAACAGUUGUAAAAAAGUUCCUGAGGAAUUAGAAGUAAAUCAGUUAGAAGAAUUAGCUAAAGUUUAUCAGUUUUAUUUAUCAAAUCUAAUUGAACAACUUUAUCAUACUCAACAAACUUCAGAAAUAACUCCUAAAUUAAUAGAAAAUAUUAUGGAAACUGUUUUUAAAGAAUUUGAGGAAGAAAUAUUAAUAGAAGAUAAAAAUGAAGAAAUGUCUAAUCCUACUGAAGACCUUUAUUCAGAUGAACAAGAUUUAGAUCUAAAUAUUUUAAAUUUUAAUACUAGUAAUUAUGAAAGUGAAAGAUUUAGUAAUGUUGAGUCUGAUGAUAAUAGUAUUCAAAAAAGUAAAUAUGAUGUAUAUGAAAUUGUUGCUAGACAAUUAGAUUUUA